AGGAGGGAGCUGGCCGCACGCGUGAGUAAACAGCCCGAGCCGGAAAAGUCGAGCUCUGGCCGCCUCAAGGUGCUACGGGGCGACGGCGGAGAAGACGCAGGCCUAUCUUUGUACGUGGGGGUGAAUAUUGGGAUCACAGUGCUGGGCGGCUGGAAACCUUCAGCCUGGCGCAUCCUCCGCCCCCUCGCGGCGAGACGCCUCGCUCCCCGGGUUUCUCCCGCCCCCCGCCGGUCUCCUCCCCCUGUUGAAAGCUGCCCGGGAAAGUGGUGGCGGGAGCGGGCCUGGGCUGGGGCGCGGCGUGGGCCUGGGUGCGUGUGGCGGGGCAGGAGGAGAUUAGGACUGUGGGUUUCUCCGCCUCCAGGAGCUCGCGGUGUGGACGCCGUGGGGCUCUGAGGCCGGGGGCGGGCGCGGAUCUGGGGCCGGAUCCCUGCCGGGCCGCGGAGGGGUUGUUUCCAUCGGUCACUGGCUCUUCCCCUCUUCCGGUCCGGGCCGCAGGGUGGCCGACAUGACCGCCCCGGGUCCGAGCCACCUGGCGCCGCUGUUGGAGACUCUGGAAGACCCUUCCGCCUCCCAAGGAGAGCAGACCGACGCUUACCUGACUCUGACCAGUCGUAUGACUGGAGAAGAGGGAAAAGAAAUCAUUAUAGAAAUUGAGAAAAAACUUCCUCGGCUCUUCAAAGUUUUAAAGAAUCACAUAACCAGUCAAAACUCAGAGCUCAGUAGUGCUGCUCUACAGGCCUUGGGGUUUUGCUUAUAUAAUCCCAAAAUUACAUCAGCAUUAUCAGAGACAAUUAUUCAAGAACUGCUUUCAAAACUGAAUGAUACUAUUAAGAGUUCAGAUAAAAAUGUUCGUACUAGGGCACUUUGGGUGAUAUCCAAGCAGACGUUUCCCCCUGAAGUUCUUGGCAAAGUAGUGUCCAGUAUAAUUGAUUCAUUAGAAAUAGUAUAUAAUAGAGGAGAGAUGCAUUCUGCUGUUGUUGAUUAUGAAGCAUUAAAUGUCAUCAUAAGGCUAAUUGAACAAGCCCCAAUUCAAAUGGGGGAAGAGUCAAUUAGGUGGGCAAAAGUGGUCAUACCUUUAGUGGUUCAUUCGGCUCAAAAGGUACAUUUACGGGGAGCUACUGCUCUAGAGAUGGGGAUGCCAUUGUUGCUUCAGAAACAGCAAGAAAUAGCAUCUAUCACAGAGCAGCUCAUGACUACUAAAUUACUUUCAGAACUCCAGAAGCUAUUUAUGAGUAAAAAUGAGACGUAUGUGUUAAAAUUAUGGCCUUUGUUUGUCAAGCUUCUUGGGAAGACCUUGCAUCGAAGUGGGAGUUUCAUAAAUUCUCUGUUACAGCUAGAAGAACUGGGAUUUCGUAGUGGAGCACCCAUGAUUAAAAAAAUAGCUUUUAUUGCUUGGAAGAGUUUAAUAGAUAAUUUUGCUCUAAAUCCAGAAAUACUAUGUAGUGCAAAAAGACUGAAGUUGUUAAUGCAACCUUUGAGUUCUAUCCAUGUGAGAACAGAAGCUCUAGCACUGACAAAACUAGAAGUCUGGUGGUAUCUAUUGAUGAGACUAGGACCUCACCUUCCUGCUAAUUUUGAACAGGUUUGUGUGCCUCUGAUUCAAAGCACAAUAAGCAUCGAUUCUAAUGCUUCACCUCAAGGCAGUUCAUCUCGUGUAGCUACUUCUCCAGGUUUAAAUCCUAUGACUCCUGUACACAAAGGUGCUUCUCCUGUAACUCCUCGGAUGAAUUUGAGUUCGAAUUUUGGUGGAAUGGCCACGAUCCCCUCUAUUCAACUUUUGGGACUUGAAAUGUUGCUUCAUUUUUUAUUAGGUCCAGAAGCCUUGAGUUUUGCUAAGCAAAACAAACUUAUACUGAGCUUAGAGCCACUUGAACAUCCAUUAAUCAGCAGCUCUUCUUUUUUUUCCAAACAUGCUAAUACACUUAUCACCGCUGUUCAUGAUAGUUUUGUUGCAGUUGGGAAAGAUGCUUCUGAUGCAGUUAUUGGUGCUAUUUGGAAAGAGCUAAUUAGCUUGGUGAAGUCAGUUGUUGAAUCAGGUAACAGAAAAGAGAGGCCAGGUUCUGAAGUUUUGACCCUCUUAUUGAAAUCUCUAGAAAGUAUAGUGAAGUCAGAAGUAUUUCCUGUAUCAAAAAUGCUGGUCCUCAUGGAAAUUACAAUUAAAGGACUUCCUCAGAAAGUAUUAGGUUCUCCAGCAUAUCAGGGAACUCCUGCUUUGUUCUUAAUUCAGUUAAUUUUCAAUAAUAAUCUGGAAUGUGGUGUAGAAGAUGAAAGGUUUUUUCUCGGCCUGGAAACUCUUGUAGGUUGUGUUCUUUCUGGUCCAACUUCACCACUAGCUUUCAGUGACUCUGUCUUAAAUGUUAUUAACCAAAAUGCAAAGCAGUUGGAAAACAAGGAGCAUCUUUGGAGAAUGUGGAGUAUUAUAGUCACCCCAUUAACCGAAUUGAUUAAUCAGACCAAUGAAGUGAAUCAAGGUGAUGCCUUAGAACAUAAUUUUAGUGCCAUCUAUGGUGCAUUGACCUUACCAAUAAACCAUAUUUUUUCAGCACAAAAAAUUCCAGUGGCCACCAUGAAGACCUUACUUAAAACUUGGUCAGAAUUAUAUAGAGCAUUUGCUCGCUGUGCAGCUUUGGUGGCAACUGCAGAAGAGAAUUUGUGCUGUGAGGAACUUUCUUCUAAGAUAAUGUCCAGUUUGGAAGAUGAAGGCCUUUCAAAUUUGUUAUUCUUGGAUAGGAUCAUUCAUAUUGUUACUGUUAUGGUUGAUUGCAUCGACUUUUCACCAUAUAAUAUUAAAUAUCAGCCCAAAAUCAAAUCGCCACAGAGACCUUCAGAUUGGUCCAAAAAGAAGAAGGAGCCCCUGGGAAAAUUGGCUUCUUUAUUUAAACUUAUUGUAAGAGUGAUCUACUCUUUCCACACUCUGAGCCUCAAGGAAGUACAUUGUGAUACUCUCCUCAUUAUCGGCAACUCAAUCAUCAGCAUUCUUUCCAAUGUACUUGGACAUAUUUCUUUGCCUUCUAUGAUCCGAAAAAUAUUUGCAACUUUAACAAAACCACUGGUGUUAUUUUAUGAAAACUCAAAGUUUGAUGAAGUUCCUAAAGUGUAUACUUGUAUGAACACCAAGUUAGAAAAGCUACUAGGAGAAAUUAUUGCUUGCCUACACAUCAGCUACACUGGAACUUAUGACAGUGAACUUCUUGAACAGAUCUCGCCAUUGCUAUGUAUAAUAUUUUCACACAAGAAUAAACAGAUUAGAAAACAAAGUGCUCAGUUCUGGAAUGCCACAUUUGCUAAAGUCGCAAUGUUAAUUUAUCCUGAGGAGUUAAAACCAGUACUAAGGCAAGCCAAACAGAAAUCUCUGCUUCUAUUGCCUGGAUUGGAAAAUGUUGAAAUUAUGGAAGAAUCCAGUGGACCAUAUUCAGAUACAACAGAAAAUUCACAAUUAAAUAUGAAGAUAAGUGGUAUGGAAAGAAAAUCAAGUGGAAAAAGAGAUUCUUUUUUGGCACAAACAAAGGAUGCAAAAGAAAGUAUGAAACCAGUAGCUAAAUCGAAACUAGAAUCUUCAACUCCAAAAUCAAAGAGUGAAGUGCUUUUGGAAGAAGAAACGUCUACUGACUUCGUGUUUAUACCUCCAGAAGGAAAAGAAACAAAGGAAAGAAUACUAACUGAACACCAGAAAGAAGUACUCAAAGCAAAGAGGUGUGAUAUUCCUGCCAUGUAUAAUAAUCUGGAUGUUUCACAAGAUACUUUAUUUUCUCAAUAUAGUCAGGAAGAAUCUAUGGAAAUUCCUACUCUAACUGAAAAAUCAAAGGAAGACUCCAAGAUGAUAUUUAAGGAGGAGCAAAAGGAGAGUGACACUGUCAUUCCUCAACUUGUUGUGGAAAACCGUGGCAUGGAUGAACAUCUUGAAAAGGCCACCUUUUCGAAUAAUGAGAAUGGUUCUGUUGAGGAAACUAGUUCAGAAAUACUGAGCAGUAAUGAUGAUGCCAGAGGAAAGACUUUAGUUAUACGGAAGAAAACAACAACUGAAUGUGAAUCUAGUACAAAAAAUACUUUUGUUGUCAGCAGUAACUCAGUUUCUAAUGUCACCAUUCCUGGAAAUCCCCCACAGCCCACAAGUCGAAGACAGUCCUUUAUUACUUUGGAGAAGUUUGAUGGUUCAGAAAAUAGACCUUUUAGUCCAUCCCCAUUAAAUAAUAUGUCAUCAACUGUUACAGUGAAAAAUAGCCAGGAAGGCACAACUAAGACAGAUAAUCCAUCAAAAGCAAAGAAAGUGGUUCUUUUACAAUCUGACUCUGAAAAAAUAGUGCAUGGGAUUAAGAGAUCAGGCCGAAAAUCAAGUAAGUCUGAACCAACAGGGAAUAAAAAAUCUAAGCCCUUAAUGAGAUCUGAUCAGGAGAAAAGUUCUCGGGAAUCCUUUGAUGGCAUGGUAGCCUUAGAAAAUAAUCCAUCUGGUUUGCUUAAUGAAACAGAAUGUGUGUUAGAUAAUCAGGUUCAUCUCUCUGAUUCUACAGUGGAGUAUGAGGAUACAACGCUUAAACCAACAGUAGAAAAUGCCAUAUUAUUAGAAAGCAGUACUGUAGAAGACAAAAGCUUAGAAAUUAAUUUGGAAUCCAAAGAAAAUACACCCCCAGCAAUAACAACAGCAGAUCAAACAGUAAAUGAGGAUAGUCAUGUUCCAGUAACUUCAAAUCAAAAAACGCUUAGACGAUCUUUAAGGAGACGUUCAGAAACAACAGAGCCAGCCACUGAUAGCCAAGAUAAAGAAAAUAAUCAUCAAAAAAGGGAGAGACGAAAGGAAGAAGAAAAGACUCUGCAGAAGAGUCCAUUGCAUGUGAAAGAUGAUGUUUUACCUAAGCAAAAACUGAUUUCUGAACAAACUGUACAGGAAAAUUUAAUUGAGAAAGGAAAUAAUUUACAUGAGAAGACUUUAGGGGAAACUAGUGCUAAUGUUGAAAUUGAUGAAAAUAGAAGAAAGCCAGACCUUGAGAAUACUAAAUCUGAGGGAGGUGGUACCCAGGACAUUACAGAUAAAUCCUCUGAGAAACCAGUAAGAGGACGAACACGGUAUCAAACAAGAAGAGCAUCACAGGGUUUACUUUCCAGUAUUGAGAAUUCAGAAUCUGACAGUUCAGAGGCAAAAGAAGAAGGCUCUAAAAAGAAAAGAUCUGGAAAAUGGAAAAACAAAAGCAGCGACAGUGUUGACAUUGAAGAUCAAGAAGAGAAAAUGGUAAGACAGGAAUCUAUAAAAGUGGAAAAUCAGACCCAUGAUUAUGAAAUGAAUUCCGAAGUAGACAAAGACAUAAAAUCUCAGAUCUGUGAAAAAGAUGACAUUGAUAUUAUAACUCUUCAAGAUUCUACAGUAUCUUCAGAUUUACUUCAAGUUUCUGAUGAUGUAUCAAAUGAGGGAAAAAGUAAAACUUACAGAUGUGCAGAGCAUUCCUUUUCAAAUCCUCCUGUACCAGAAUCAAAUCUAAGGACUAGAAAUGCCAAUAAGAGAUUACAAAAGCGAGAUUCUAUAGAAAAUAGUGUGGGGGAAUCCUCAAAAACAGGGACAUCAGAUAUUUCUUUGCUUUCUGAAAAAACUCUCCAAACACUUGAAUGUCAACAUAAGAGAAGUAGGAGGGUGCGGAGAUCUAAAGGUUGUGAUUGCUGUGGAGAAAAAUCACAACCUCAGGAAAAGUCAUUCAUUGGGUUAAAGAAUAUAGAAAAUUUUGAUGUGAGGGUCAGUGAAACAAAGGCAGAUGUGCAGACCCCUGUAACUAUAUCAGAACCUUCUAAAGCUGAUCUGCACUCUGAGGUAAAACUUUCAGAUGAGCAUCAUAGUGUGAAUUUUCAUUUGGAUCUCAAGGAGGAGAAUGAUACUAUUAAUGAUUCUUCAAUUAUUUCUGAAAGUGAGUUUAAAGAAAAUAUUCAAGACUCUUUUCCUUCUGAAAUGGUAAAUCUUAAUGAAGAAACUUGUGAUAGGACUACUGAGGAAGCAGUGUCUCUUGAAAGCCAGGAACCAUCUAAUAAAAGAUGUAAAACUGUUGGUCCAUGUUUAGAUGAUUCCAAAGAUACUUCACUGGAAUGUUUUACUUUGGAGACCAAAGAAGAAAAGCCAGCAGAGGCUACCCCAGAAAAGGAAUUGAGUGUAGAGAACAUUGUUAAUGCUGAAGAAAAUGAAUGUAAAGUAAAAGAAUUGAAUCAAGAAGUAGAUGAUGCUAUGGAAUUGGAUGUAGAAAGUGAUAAAUCUGAGGUUAGCUUCUUUGAACAAAAAAGUGAUAUUUCAAAGGAAGGGCUAAUAGAGGAUAUCAGUGAAGGAAAGGACACCUCUGAAGCACAUGUAGCUGAGGAAAUGAAUGCUGACGAAGCAAUAACUGAGGAAUUUAAUUCAGAUGUGGGUCAUUCUGAUAGUACCACAUCUGUGAAAGUGAGAACUCAGAUAGAGUUUUCUGAACAGAUAGCAGUUGGGAAACUAGACAGAGGAAGUGAUGAAUCUGACCCAGUCUCAUCUGAAGAAAUGAAUGCUGAAACGGAAAAUUGUGAAGAAACAGUGAUUGGUGAGGUGACUGCUGAAACUGACCACAUCAAUGAAACAGAGGAUGAGGACUUCACUUCCCAAGCCUCUAAGCCUGUAGAAGCCGAAACAAAGGGGUUGAAUGUGGAAAUGGACAGCUUUGUUCCUGACACACUAGAGAUGAGCACUGAAGAGGGGAAAGUUGACCCUAAUAAAACUGAAACAAAUGUUGAACUUAAUAAAUUUGACAAAACCGAAUUAAAUGACAGUCACAUGGUAGUGAGAAAUGAUGGAAUUUUACAGGAAGUUCACCAUACUUCAGAGAAAGUGGAGGAGACACCACAGUCUCUGACUUCUGAAACAGCUGUCUCUGAACUGAUAUCAGAAGAUAAUAAUACAUCUCCUCAGAAAUUAAAGGAUCUUGAUCCUUUACUCAUGUCAACAAAUGACAGUCCUAGUGGCAUGCAGACACGCUGUGUCUGGUCCCCUUUGGCUUCUCCAUCCACCAGCAUUUUAAAGAGAGGACUAAAAAGACCCCAAGAAGAUGAGAUCUCAUCACCUGUUCAUAAGGUUCGCCGUGUCUCCUUUGCAGAUCCAAUAUACCAAGCAGGAUUGGCAGAUGACAUUGAUAGGCGAUGCUCUAUUAUAAGGUGCCAUUCUUCAAAUAGUUCUUCCAUGGUAAAAAGUGCUAAAACUUCACCCACUGCACAUUCUAAGCAUAAUACCACUUCAGCCAAAGGAUUUCUGUCCCCAGGAUCACGUAGCCCUAAAUUUAAGAGCUCAAAGAAGUGUUUAAUUGCAGAAAUGGCUAAGGAAUCUGUGCCAUGCCCAACAGAAAGUGUUUACCCUGCUUUGGUGAACUGUGUAGCACCAGUUGACAUCAUUUUACCACAGAUUACGUCCAACAUGUGGGCAAGAGGACUGGGACAACUCAUUAGAGCCAAGAAUAUAAAAACAAUUGGUGAUUUGAGUACUCUUACAGCGUCUGAAAUAAAAACUCUCCCUAUCCGUUCUCCAAAAGUGUCUAAUGUAAAAAAGGCACUCAGAGUGUAUCAUGAGCAGCAGGUGAAGUCUCGUGGUUUAGAAGAGAUUCCAGUUUUUGAUAUUUCUGAAAAAACAAUAAAUGGAAUGGAAAAUAAAUCUGUUUCUCCUGAUGAAGAAAGACUUGCCUCAGAUUUAAUCGAUCCUGUUGCUUUAGAAACUCCAUUAUCUAAAAACCUUGUGGCACAGAUUAGUGCACUCGCUCUUCAGCUGGAUUCAGAAGAUCUCCAUAAUUAUUCAGGAAGUCAGUUAUUUGAAAUGCAUGAGAAACUUGGUAGCAUGGCAAACUGUAUAAUUAAAAAUCUUCAGUCACGUUGGAGGUCACCAGCCCAUGAAAAUUCUAUUUAGUAUUUUAAGAAAAAUAUUGAAGUUUUCUUAAAAAAAAAAAAAUUACUAGAUUUGUCCAUUCAUAAAGUAAGUUCUGAAAUAACAGCACAAUUUCAGACAAUGUUUGCAAAGUUAAUACCAUUUCAAACCCUAAACAAUGGCUUGUUAAGUAACUUCAGUUUUGUGAGGUCAUUUUUUCCCAUGUAAUGUAGUUUCUUGGCUGCUAGACAGAGUUUUUCCAAAAAUUUAAAUAUCUUACUAAAAUGUGAAAACAAAACUAGAAACAAAAGCAUACAUUUUAUUUCACUUACUCGUGUAUAUGCUAACAUUUCAUGUAAUAUACCUUGUUCUAAGUAAAAUUGGAAACUUUUAUUUGAACUUUUUGCCGAACUGAUAAGGUGUUUAUAGUUGAUUUCUUUUUCUUUUCUUUUUUUAAGAAUUUUUAUUUGUUGUACUUGAGGUUUAAGAAAUUUGUUCUUGGUAAAAUACCCCAAAUGAGAUCCAAAGGAAUUGGAACACUUUUCACAGAUGUCACCUUGAUUUGGACAACUUUAAAGAAAAAAUAUCAAAAUUUUCAAAUUUUUGAGUUAAAUAUUAAAGCAGAAUUUACUAAGAUUGCAUUCAUUUGUGUUAGAAAAGAUUUGUGCAGCAGUAUAUGCCUGUGAAAAUAUACUCUUAUGAGAUAUAUAAUAUUCUUUUAAAAAUGCAUGGCUAUUUGUACAUUAUGUAUAGAUUAAGUCUUUAAUUUAUAAAUUGCAGUCUUCAUUAAUUGCAUGAAAGUUUUCUGCAGCUUCUUGUGAAUACCUUUAUUAUUUUGUUUAAUAGAAACUUAAUUUUGUAUAUAUUGAAUACUGAGAUAUCAGUACAGACAGUAGAAGUGCUUUGUGGGCUUGCUGCAGAUGUUUGUAGGAUUCUGUAUCUACGAAUAAAACAGAUAGUUUUGUACUUA